ACAUUAUAUUUUACAGUCCAGGAGCUAGCUUCUCUUUCAGACACAGGGAGAGGCUAGGGAGAGGAAAAGAAUGGCUUCUCUGGGAAUGGGAUUUGGAGCUGGAAGAGUGUUUGCAGCAACUGCAACUAAGAGCAGUGGAGGAAGUAAAGAGGAGAAAGGACUGCUGGAUUGGAUAAUGGGAGGACUCCAGAAGGAGGACCAACUACUGGAAACGGACCCAAUUCUUAAGAAAGUGGAGGAGAAGAAUGGGAAGAAGUCAACCACUUCUGUCUCUGUUCCUAAUAACAAGAAAAAGUCUGGAGGAUUUGGAGGUCUCUUUGCAAAGAACUGAAGAAAGGACAGCACAGCAGAGGCUAUUGUUUAUCUCCAGUCUCCAAUUACACAUCCCUUCUUUUUAUUGUAUGAAAAACACAAAAUUUCUCCUUUUCAUGUCAUUGAUUUUGUUGUUUGCUCAUUAUGUUACUCUUAUAUGAUGUACUGCUUGGUAGUCACGAACUUAUGAAUUUUUCAUUUGACUGGAGACUUUCUUAUUC